GAGGCGGAGCCGUGGGGACCCGGAGCCGCUGCCCAGUGCCGGAGCGGAGCGGCAGCGGGUGGGGGGCACCCGGCCCGGGGGGAGUCCCGGAGCGGGCAGCGGUACCGGUACCGGGGGUCGGAACGAGCGGCGGGAUCGGGGCGGCACCGGGAAGGGGGUCCGGGUAACGGGGCUGUGCCAGGGGGUCGGUACCGGAGGUGCAGCGGUGGGAUAACGGCGGUGCCGGGGGACGGGGAGUGGUGUCGGUACCGGGGAUCGGUGACAGGAAAAGGGGUUCCCCAUUGAACCGGAGCGUGAUGACACGCAAUGGGGGAGCUGCGAUAGGAUAAGGAGAAGGGGAUCCCGGUACCGAGAGUGGGGAACCGGCCCGGUACCCGAGCAUAGGGUUAGGAUAAGGAGGAUUCCGGUACCGGGAGUGGGGAAGGGAUAAGGAGGAAGGGGUACCGGUACCGGUGCUGGGAGAGAGGAGAGGAUCCGGUACCGGAGCACAGGGUUCAGGUGUAGCAGGGGGGGAGGGCGGAAUCGGGGCGCAGUACUGGCAGCGGGGAGAGGUGCCGAGGCGGUGCCGGUGCCGGUGGGGGGCAGUGCCGGUGGGAGGCAGCGCCCGGUGGGGGGCAGCGCCCGGUGCCGAUUCCCGGUCCGCAUCGGUUCCACCGGGACGGCAGCGCGGGGCUCCCAGAUCCCACCCGAGCGCUGAUCCCGGACCCGUGGGUGCGAGAAGGAAACGCCGCCGGCCCGCCCCGCGCACCGGGAUCCUCUAAAAGCCCCGGGGCCGCCCCGCCGGUGCCAUGCCCGCUCCGACCCCCCGCGCCCCCGGUGACUGAACGAGGGCCGCAGAGCACCGGGAUGUCCCGGUGCGGUCCGUUCGCCCUCGCCCUGCUCGCCCUCCUGCUGGCCGCCCCGGUGCUGUGCUGCGGGCCGGGCCGGGGCCCGGUGGGGCGGCGGCGGUUCGGACGGCGGCAGCUCUCCCCGCUGCUCUACAAACAGUUCGUGCCCAACGUCCCCGAGCAGACGCUGGGAGCGAGCGGGAGGGCGGAGGGCAAAGUGCUGCGGGGGUCGGAGCGCUUCAGGGAGUUGGUGCCCAACUACAACCCCGACAUCAUCUUCAAGGACGAGGAGAACACGGGGGCGGACCGCCUCAUGACGGAGCGCUGCAAGGAGCGGGUGAACUCUUUGGCCAUUGCUGUGAUGAAUAUGUGGCCGGGGGUGAGGCUGCGGGUGACGGAGGGUUGGGAUGAGGACGGCCACCACCUCCCCGACUCGCUGCACUACGAGGGCCGGGCGUUGGACAUCACCACGUCGGAUCGGGACCGCCACAAAUAUGGCAUGCUGGCACGGCUGGCUGUCGAGGCCGGCUUCGAUUGGGUCUACUACGAGUCCAAAGCGCACAUCCACGUCUCUGUCAGAGCAGAUAACUCCUUGGCCAUCCGCACCGGCGGCUGCUUCCCCGGCCACGCCACGGUGACGCUGCGGAGCGGUGAGAGCCGCGGUUUGGCUGAGCUACGGAGGGGCGAUUGGGUGCUGGGAGCCGAGCCAGGAGGGCGCCUGGUGCCCACCCAAGUGCUGCUCUUCCUGCACCGAGACCUCGGCCAACGCGCGUCCUUCGUGGCCAUCGAGACGGCCUCUCCGGCCCAACGGCUGCUGCUCACCCCAUCCCACCUCGUCUUCGCCUCAAGAGGGGUCGCCAACGGAUCUGCCACCUUCCUGCCCGUCUUCGCCCGCCGGUUGCGCCCGGGGGACGCGGUGUUGGCCCACGGGGACAAAGGGUUGCGCCCUGCAAAGGUGCUGAGGGUGUCGAGGGAGGAAGGGGUCGGGGUGUUCGCCCCUCUCACCUCCCACGGAACCCUGCUGGUCAAUGGGGUGCUGGCAUCCUGCUACGCCGUCCUGGAGAGCCACCGCUGGGCGCACCGCGCCUUCGCUCCGCUGCGGCUCUUCCAUGGUUUCCUCUCGCUGCUGCCCGCCCGCCCCGAGCAGCCGGGGAAUGGGAAUGGGACGGUGCACGAGGUGGGCGUGCAUUGGUACUCCAGGCUGCUGUACCGCCUGGCACGCGGAGUGCUGGGCCGUGAGGGCGCGGGGGGGUAGGGACGCCCCCCCCUGGGGACUCACCGCUGGGCGCUCGGUGCUUGGAGCCUGAGGGGUGAGGAGGGGGUGUGGGGCAGCUCCGGGCCUGCGCCGAGGGUGGGUGUCCCCUCGGUGGGCGUCUCUCAGAUGGGUGCACCUCAGGUGGGUGCUCCUCAAGUGGGUGCCCCUGGGUGGGUGGCCCGCAGGUGUGGACCCCCCUCCCCAGGUGUGGCUCCCCCAGGUGUGCUCCCCCUCCCCUCCAGGUGGGUGCCCCUCAUGGGGAACCCCCAUACGGGUGUCCCUGGGUGGGUGUCCCCCAGAUGGGCAUCCCUCAUGUAGUUGCCUCUCAUUGGGAGCCCCCAUACGAGUGUCCCUGGGUGGGUGGCCCUCAGGUGGGCAUCCCUCAGGUGGGUGCUUCUCAUUGGGGGCCCCCAUAUGGUGUCCCUGGGUGGGUGGCCCUCAGGUGUGCACCCCCCCACCAGAUGUGGCUCCCCCAGGUGUGCUCCUUCCCCCCAGGUGGGUGCCCCUCAUUGGGAACCCCCAUAUGGGUUCCCCCUGGGUGGGAGUCCCCGAGGUGCUCAUCCCUCAGGUGGGUGCCUCUCAUUGGGAGCCCCCAUAUGGGUGUCCCCUGCGUGGGUGGCCCUCAGGUGGGUACUCCUUGAGUGAGUGCCCCACAUUGGAUGUCCCCCCCAGGGUGUUCCCUUCCCCCUCCCCCCCCCAUGUGGACACCCCUCGCCCUCAGACAUCUCUCCCUGAGAUGGGUGCCCCCAGGUGGGUGAUGCUUGGGGUGACAGUGGGGCAGCACAGGGACCAUAGCUCAGCUCCACACCCCCCCACAGCACUGCCAGGUGCCCCGCGCCCCCCUCACUCCCCCCGUAUUUAUUGCUUUAUUAACCGCUGUGGUUGGGGUUGGGGUCAUUGCACUGAGGCCAAAUCCACCCCAGAGUGGGUUCAGUGAACACACCCCCACCUGCUGCUGGCACCUGGGGGGGGGGGCACCUCUGCCACCCAUGGGGGUCCCCAUCCCCACGUGACUCAGUGCUGUGGGGAACCCAAUCCCGGUGUGUGCCAUGGGCACGGGGGGGGGGGGGGGGGGG